AGACGCACGACGGGAGUAUUGACAGUACGCAUGCGCAACACAUUUUUCCAUGUUUCCUCAAUUUUUACUGACAGGAUUGACUGGAUUAGGCUAGCGGCAGACAGCAUCCCUGUUAUGGAGUUACAGGUGAUCACCAAACCGGAGGAAAUUGCCAAACUCUACAGAGAGCUGAGCCUCUUCCCUUCUCUGAGCAGAGCAGAUGUUGGACCUGUCAUCACCUCUCAGUAUGGAGGCAAAUACAGCAACAUUUACACAGAAUGGAGUCAGCGGGAUCUGGAGAGAAAUGAGAAUGUCAAGUUUUGCAGGCAGUACAUUGUUUUCCACGAUGACAAGUCGGUGGUUUUCUCUGGAGCCUCGGGAAACUGCACUGAAAUCAAAGGAGAAAUACUGAGUAAGGAUUCUCCUUCUGGUGAGAUGAAAGCAGUUGUCAGAGAAUUCACAGUCAAAGGAGAGGAGACGCAGUUUCUGGAGAUCUGGAGUAAAAACAUAAAAAUGAAGAGCAUCAACUUGACUGCUUUAAAAAAGCAUGGAAAAGUGUAUGAAGACGAUCAGUUUGGCUCCUUGGUUUGGUCUCACUCUGAGACCCAUCUCUUGUAUGUGGCAGAAAAAAAGAGACCAAAGACCGAAUCGUUCUUCCAGACAGAGCCACCAGAGUUGUCCUCAAUUGAAGAUGAGGAGGAGGCGACCAGGGUGGAGAAAAAAGAGACUGUGAAAGGGGAGCAGUUUGUCUACCACGAGGACUGGGGCGAGACCUUUGUGAAUAAGAGCCAUCCAGUGCUUUGUGUUUUAGACAUUGAAGGUGGCAUUGUUUCUGUGCUGGAAGGAGUUCCAGAAAAUAUCUCUCCUGGACAGGCUUUUUGGGCACCUGGUGACACAGGUGUGGUUUUUGUUGGGUGGUGGCACGAACCCUUCAGACUUGGCAUCAAGUACAGCCCCAAUCGAAGGUCGUCUCUGUUUUAUGUGGAUCUCACUGGUGGAAAAUGCGAGCAACUUUCUUCAGGAACCAGUUCAGUUUCUUCCCCCAGACUGAGCCCAGAUCACUGCCGGAUUGUCUAUCUGGAAUGUGCUGUGUAUGGACCGCACAUGCAGUGCAACAAGCUCUGUAUGUACGACUGGUACACUAAGAAGACCUCUGUGGUGGUGGACAUCGUUAGUCGACCCAGAGAUGAUGGCUUCACUGGCAUCUACAGCACUCAGCUGUCACCUCAGUGCUGGUCAGCUGAUAGCCAGCAUGUGAUUGUUGCUUCUCCUCAGCGCAGUCGCAAGGAUCUCUUAAUGGUGGAUAUGAGCACAGGCAGCAUCACCAAUCUGACUUCAAAGUCUGAAAUGGGAAACUGGUGCUUGCUGAACAUGGAAAGAGAUCUAAUGGUGGUCAGCUGCUCAUCGCCUAACUACCCUCCUAGUCUGAGGGUGGGUUUCCUUCCAGGCAGAGACACUCAGGAGGAAGUGGUCUGGAUCACUCUGGAAGAUUCCCAGACCUUACCAGAUAUUGACUGGAAAAUCCUGACUUUGACCCCUGCCUCAGAGCAAGACAACAGCCAAUACCCGGGCCUUGAUUUUGAAGCUUUGCUGAUUAAACCGAAGGAGUUAAAGGAAAAUGUGAAGCGGCCUCUGAUCGUCACCCCUCAUGGCGGUCCUCACUCUGUGAUCGUUGCUGAUUGGCUCCUGUCCUACUCUGUGCUGUGCAAAAUGGGCUUUGCUGUAUUACUGGUGAACUACCGUGGCUCUACUGGUUACGGCCAGGACAGCAUUCUGUCUUUGUGUGGGAAUGUUGGUACCCAGGAUGUCAGAGACGUUCAGCAAGCUGUUGAAGAGGUUCUGAAAUGUCCCCAUUUCGACAAGGAAAAAGUUGCAGUUUCUGGUGGUUCCCAUGGGGGGUUUCUAGCAUGUCAUCUAAUUGGCCAGUACCCAGGGUUCUACAAGGCCUGUGUGGCCCGCAACCCUGUUAUAAACUUGGCCUCAAUGAUCGGCAGCACAGACAUCCCAGACUGGUGCAUGGUUGAGGCAGGCUAUGAAUACAGUCCUGAAUGUCUCCCAGAUGCUGCUGUUUGGGAGCAGAUGUUGAACAAGUCCCCCAUUAAAUACAUCCCUGAGGUUAAAACACCAGUGCUGCUUACUUUAGGAGAGGAUGACAAGCGCGUCCCUAACAAGCAAGGAAUCGAAUACUACAAGGCUCUGAAGGCAAGAAAGAUUCCAGUUCGGCUGCUGUGGUACCCAGGAAACAACCAUUCUCUCUCCAAGGUGGACGCAGAAUCUGAUGGUUUUAUGAACAUCGCUUUGUGGAUUAUACAGCACUUGAAUCUGUGAUGUAAGAGUUGAAGUUAUACACAUGAGUGAGCUGAAUGAUUACAAGACUCUUCUUUAUCCAGUCUAAAGCCAAAGUAAUCGCUCUCCAAACAAAACACACUUUACCCAUAAUUUAUCUACGGGUAAGAAUGAUCAUUUUUGUUUUUAAAUUAAUGUAAGGGCAAAAGGGCUGUUCAAUGUUUAAGCUUUAAGCUAAAAAAAAAACCUUUAUGUCAGUUUUUUCUAAAGGUAAUUUUUUUUUUUACUAAAUGAUUUACUUUUUAUGUUAACUGUCUGCUGAUGAUUUAAUGUACUUAAUAAACAGAUUUUUCGAUGUUUGAA